GAAACGGUUGGUUAGAAGCGAGUCCGGUGGGCGGUUGGAGCCGGUGCAGGCUGCGGGAGCGCUGCGGGGCGGAGAACUGUGGCUGCCACCAUGGUGAAGGAGACGGGUUACUACGACAUCUUGGGAGUAAAGCCCAGUGCCAACUCGGAUGAGAUUAAACGUGCCUACCGCAAGUUGGCUCUGAAGUACCACCCCGACAAGAACCCCAGCGAGGGCGAGCGGUUUAAGCUCAUAUCACAGGCUUAUGAAGUUCUGUCAGACUCAAAGAAAAGGGACCUCUAUGACCAGGGUGGGGAACAAGCUCUAAAAGAAGGAGGCUUAAGUGGCGGCAGUUUCUCUUCACCCAUGGACAUCUUUGACAUGUUCUUUGGUGGUGGAGGCCGAAUGAAUAGAGAGAGAAGAGGCAAGAACGUUGUGCAUCAGUUGAGUGUCAACCUUGAAGACUUUUAUAAUGGAGCCACGCGGAAGCUGGCACUUCAGAAGAAUGUAAUUUGCGACAAGUGUAAAGGCUAUGGCGGAAAGAAAGGUGCUGUGGAAAAGUGCCCGGCAUGCAAAGGGCGAGGGAUGCAGGUCCUGGUACAGCAGAUCGGGCCAGGCAUGGUGCAGCAGAUUCAGACGGUCUGCUCCGACUGCAAAGGCCAAGGCGAACGCAUCAACCCCAAAGACAGGUGUACCACCUGCAAUGGCAACAAGGUGGUCCGAGAGAAAAAGAUCCUAGAAAUCCACAUCGACAAAGGCAUGAAAGAUGGUCAGAAAAUAGUGAUCCAUGGAGAAGGUGAUCAGGAGCCCGACCUGGAGCCGGGUGAUGUCAUAAUUGUGCUGGACCAAAAGGACCAUCCCAUGUUUCAGAGAAGAGGCCAUGACUUGAUUAUGAAAAUGAAAAUUCAGCUCUCAGAGGCACUCUGUGGUUUUAAAAGGACGAUCGAGACGCUGGACGACAGAGUCCUUGUAAUAACUUCCAGGCAGGGUGAGGUGGUAAAACAUGGAGACCUCAAAUCUAUCUACAACGAGGGGAUGCCAAUUUACAAAAACCCGCUUGAAAAAGGUUCUCUAAUUAUACAGUUCUUGGUUGCGUUUCCGGAGCACAACUGGAUUUCCAAGGAGCGGCUGUCUCUCCUAGAAGCCCUGCUUCCUCCCCGGGAAGAAGUCAUGGUUACAGACGACAUGGAUCAAGUUGACCUUGUUGAAUUUGAUCCUAGGGAGCGGUCUUACCGUAGUCACACGGAAGCUUAUGAAGAGGAUGAGGAGGGUCCUAGAACUGGCGUGCAGUGCCAGACAUCUUAAGCAGAGAUGCUUUAGUGGACUCGUUAAUUCAACAGCCUGGCUUUUGGAAGCUCCCUGUGUCACAUUGAUCACACUGAAUUGCCGUGCAUCCUUUCGAAGGAAAUGCUUCCAAGUUAACUGUUCCGUGUUAAAGGACUGAUGUGUGUAAUUUAAGAUAGGGUGUUAACAACACUUCUGGAUACUCCUAGAGGCACCACUAUUUAUGUUAACUUGCAGCUUAAUAUGCUGUUUCAUUGAAGUUAUUAUUCCUGGAAGUUUAUUUCUUUAAAUAAAGCUGGAGGACCA